AUGUCCUACCUCAAAGUCUUGCAUUGCAGCUUAUGCUUAAAGCAUGGCUCAUACGGUCUAUCUACAAAAUCUCUGCUGUUCAAAAUUGGUAAUGGUAAACCAAUACAGCAAUUGGCUACACUAUCAACAACUCACUGCUGGAGAAGUAAACUACCACUUACUACCCAAACCCAGAUUUCAUCUAGUGUAAAAACUAAAAAUUCACCACAAGACACGAGAAUAUGGAAAGAAACACCUACUCAUGAUAUAAAAAACAACCUGGGCAAUUACUGUAUGAUGCUAUCAAAAUUUAGAUUAACAUCACUUGUAGUAAUGACAUCAAUGGCAGGCUAUGCUUUAGCACCUGCACCAUUUAAUUUUACAACAUUUGCCCUGUGUGCGGCUGGUACUGGCCUAGUGUCUUCAGCUGCAAAUUCUAUUAAUCAGUAUCAUGAAGUACCAUUUGAUGCCCAAAUGUCACGGACAAAAAACAGAGUGCUUGUUAAAGGGCUGUUGGAACCUGUUCACGCCAUCAGCUUUGCGGCCUUAACAAGCGCGACUGGGCUUAGUAUAUUAUACUUUGGUGUCAACCCCCUAACAGCUGCUUUGGGUGCGGGAAACCUUAUUUUGUAUACAUCAGUUUAUACUCCCAUGAAGAGGAUGUCAAUUCUAAAUACAUGGCUAGGUUCAGUAGUCGGUGCAAUACCACCAUUGAUGGGGUGGGCUGGCUGCUCGGGAAGUUUGGACGCUGGCGCCCUAGUGUUGGGUGUUGUACUAUACUCAUGGCAGUUUCCGCACUUCAAUGCACUCUCGUGGAACUUACGACCGGACUACUCACGUGCUGGUUACAGGAUGAUGGCUGUUACUGAUCCCGGUUUAUGUAGAAGGGUUGCUCUCAGACACACUGGCAUUAUAACAGCAACUUGUCUGGCAUCAUCAUACUUGGAAGUGACAAAUAUGUGGUUUGCAUUGGAGUCUUUGCCAUUAAACAUAUAUUUUAUGUACUUAGCUUGGCAGUUCUACAAAAAAUCUGACAGUGGAAGUUCAAGGAAAUUGUUUAGAUUCUCUCUGAUACAUUUACCUGCAUUGAUGUUACUUAUGCUAGUCAAUAAGAAAUAUUGGAGUUCGAGUGAGACACAAGAAAAUAAGGACUCUCUAAAAUCGCAUGAAGUCAAUAAGUUACCAGAGUCAAAGAGAAUUACAGUAUUGCCGAGAGGCCCCAUUGUUACUGCACAGGAUAAGGAUGUUUCAUUAAAU